AUGAGCUUAGAAAGAGAAAGCAAGUUGAGCGCUGUGUUCACCUCUCUGCUUCCUAGCCAUGGGUGGGAUGUGGCCAGCGUCCUCACACUUUUAUUCAUACCAAACUACAAAUUUACCUUCAUUUUUAAAACGGUUACUUACGCUCCCUCCUUCCUCUCUGGCACCACCGUGCCAUCCAGACUGACGAAGACCCGGAAACUCCGGAGCGGUGCGAGCCACGUGAGCCACAGUCACAGCUGCAUCAGUAAGCACCCAGGAGGACGCGGGAAUGGAGGCAUGCAUCACCACAGGACCAACUUCGACAAAUACCCUGGUUACUCUGGGAAAGUUGGUGUGAGGCAUUGCCACUUAAAGAGGAACCGGAGCUUUGCCGAACUGUUAACCUGGUGGACACUGGUCAGUGAGCAAACAUGGGCCAAUGCUGCACAAGAUAAUACUGGGGCUGCUCCCACCGUUGAUGUGCGACCAAGCUACCACAAAGCUCUGGGGAAGGGCAAGCUCCCUAAGCAGCUUGUCUUCGUGAAGGCCAAAUUCUUCAGCAGAAGGGCUGAAGAGAAGAUUAAGGGUGUUGGAGGUGCCUGUGUCCUGCUGGCUUGA